GGUUUCGGAACGGAUGUUGGAAGAUGUUAGCUGUGGAUACCGGGGUUGUGGAGGAGUGGUUAUCAGAGUUCAAGACACUGCCAGAAGCAUCCAUAUCCAGCUAUGCUACAAACUUGAAAGACAAGAGUGCUUUGAUUUCGUCUCUUUACAAAGUAAUUCAAGAGCCACAGAGUGAACUUCUGGAGCCAGUUUGCCAUCAGCUCUUUGAAUUCUAUCGCAGUGGUGAGGAACAAUUGCUACGAUUUACGCUGCAGUUUCUACCAGAAUUGAUGUGGUGCUAUCUUGCUGUCUCAGCCAGCAGAGAUUUGCAGAGCAGUGGAUGCAUAGAAGCUCUUCUCCUAGGAGUUUAUAAUUUGGAGAUAGUUGACAAAGAGGGGCAUAGCAAAGUGCUGAGUUUCACAAUUCCGUCCUUGUCCAAACCUUCGGUCUAUCAUGAACCUUCCAGCAUUGGCUCCAUGGCUCUCACUGAAGGAGCUUUAUCGCAGCAUGGUCUGUCCAGGGUUGUAUACAGUGGACCUCAUCCUCAGAGGGAGAUGUUAACAGCACAGAACAGGUUUGAAGUGCUGACUUUCCUCCUGCUCUGUUACAAUGCUGCCUUAAGCUACAUGCCUGCAAUUUCUCUUCAGUCGUUGUGUCAGAUUUGUUCAAGAAUUUGUGUCUGUGGAUACCCUCGCCAACAAGUGAGAAAGUACAAGGGAGUCAACAGUAGGAUUCCAGUUUCAUCCGAAUUCAUGGUGCAAAUGCUAACAGGGAUUUAUUAUGCCUUUUAUAAUGGAGAAUGGGAUCUGGCUCGUAAAGCUAUGGAUGACAUUUUGUAUAGAGCACAGCUGGAACUGUAUCCAGAACCUCUGCUGGUUGCAAAUGCAAUAAAAGCUUCACUGCCUCAGGGUGCCAUGAAAUCUAGUAAAGAAGGUACAAGAUGCAUUCAGGUUGAAAUUACACCUACUUCAUCCAGAAUAUCAAGAAAUGCUGUGACUAGCAUGUCUAUCCGAGGGCAUAGAUGGAAAAGGCAUGGUAAUACUGAUUUAGCAAUCCAAGAAGAACUGAUAGAAGUAUCUGAAACUGAUGAAGGGUUUUACUCUAGGGCUACUUCUAGUACCAGUCAGUCUGCCCUAUCUAACAGCAGCAACACGAGCAGUAAGAACCUUUUAGGGAAGAGCCAACGAAGGUCUGGAGGAAGCAAAGCUGGAGGAAAAGAAAAAGAAGGAGAAACCUGCAGAGAACACUUGUCACGAAAACAAACUCAGAGAGCCAUGAGUGAGAAUCUAGAACUUGUGUCUCUGAAGAGACUGACACUGACAACUAGCCAGUCCCUGCCUAAACCUGGCAGCCAUAGUCUGGCCAGAACGACCACUACUGUCUUUAGUAAAUCCUUUGAACAGGUCAGUGGUGUCACAGUUCCAAAUAAUCGUGGUGGUGUAUCUGGUACAGAGGCAAACAGAUUUUCAGCUUGCAGUCUUCAGGAAGAAAAACUGAUAUAUGGAACAGAAAGAACAGAUCUCCCGGUUUUAAGCAAACAACCUAAUCAGCAACGACCUCCUAGUAUUAGCAUAACUUUGUCAACAGAUUGAUGUUAAAUUGGCAAGUAUGCAAAAUAAAACAUUGAGGGUUUAUGCUGAUAUUGGUACAUUGGUACAUUAAGCUCCUUAAUGUGCUAUACAUUACUUUCUUAGACCUGCAGCCCAUAAAUUCCUAUUUGGUUCACAUUU